UACAACAAAAUUAAUGAUGGCACGCUAUAUACUUCGAUCGAUAACUUUGAGGAAUAUGUAAGUAAUUUUCUGUACUACUAUGGAUAGAUGGGGGAUAGAUAUAAAGGCACGAUAUGGCCUUUGUGCUUCUUUGCUUUAUGAGCGACCUCUUUCCACCACCUUCUUCUUCGCUUCCAACGUUUUGUACUUUUGCGUCAGUAUUUGUUCUCGAUCUACAUUGAUCAUGGGAGCUAAAAAGGGAGCUCGUGCAAGUCCUCUGCGCUCCUCCAAGCUCCUCGACCUGAUACGAACUAACCCUUCCGUUGACGAGCCCCGUCCCGCCACCGGCGAAGGCGCCGCCCGCUUCUUGACGAGCACCGGGACCUUCCCUCGCAAUGUCUCCCCAUGUCACCCGGCGACUGGCUCCUCCCCAUUCCCAAAUUCCCCCUGGGUGCAACAGCUCCCUCCUGAUCUCCCCACCGCCGCCGCCAUCACCACCGGCCUCGUGGGCUCCCUUGUCUGCCAAGAAGGCCACGUAUACUCCCUCGCCGCCGCAGGCGAUCUUUUGUACGCCGGAUCCGACAGCCGGAACAUCCGUGUCUGGAAGGGCUGGCAAGAGUUCUCCAGCUUCAGGUCCAGCAGCGGCCUCGUCAAGGCCAUCGUCAUCGCCGGGAACAGAGUAUUCACCGGCCACCAGGACGGUAAGAUCCGGGUGUGGCGUACCUCUUCCAAGGACUCCUCCGUCAAUAAGCGGGUCGGCACUCUCCCCACUCUCGCGGACUUCCUCAUGAGCUCCAUCAAACCCUCCAACUACGUCGAGGCGAGGCGGCACAGGACCGCCGUGUGGCUCCGCCAUUUCGACGCCGUCUCGUGCCUCAGCCUGGAGGAAGAUGCCGGGAUACUCUACUCCGGCUCUUGGGACAAGACCGUCAAGGUGUGGCGGAUGUCAGACUCCAAGUGCCUCGAGUCGUUCAACGCGCACGACGACGCCGUCAACGCAGUGGCCGCCGGGUUCGACGGCCUGGUGUUCACGGGGUCAGCGGACGGGACGGUGAAGGCGUGGCGACGGGAGGUGGCAGCGGGGGUCAAGGUCGGAGGCGCCUUCGCCACCAGGCACGUGGCGGUGCAGACACUGCUGCGGCAAGACAGCGCCGUGACCGCGGUGGUGACGGCCGCGUGGUUCGUGUACUGCGGAUCGUCCGACGGGGUGGUGAACCACUGGCAGCGGGAAGGAAGAGGAGGAUCGCUGGCCAGCGGCGGGGCGCUGCGGGGGCACAGGAUGGCGGUUCUCUGCCUCGCGGCCGCCGGGAGCAUUGUGGCGAGCGGAUCGGCGGACAAAACGGUGCGCGUGUGGCGGAGAGACGAAAGCAGCGGGGCGCACGGUGCCGUCGCCGUUCUCUCCGGUCACGCAGGGCCAAUCAAGUGCCUGGCCGUGGAAGCGGAAGCCGAGGAGCAGGGGCAGGAAGACAGGGCGGCCGGCCGGCGGUACGUGGUAUACAGCGGGAGCCUGGACAAGUCUAUCAAGAUAUGGCGGGUGGCGGAGCGGAGGUGGUCCCCCGAGGCGGCGCGUGGAGCUCCACGGCACGUGCGGGCGAGCGCCGGCUAUCCAUCACGGCGGUCGCCCUUGCACGCGUGUGCUGGCCGCAGCCGGACAAUUCCCUGAUACCGGUGGCCACGUGUACUGCUACUCGGCACAACAGCCACAUACUAAUUACAGGAGAAAGAAGACGUUUCCCGGUUGAUCCACCCAAGACUGACUCUCCUCCAGCCUGGCCCUAUCACAGACCUCCAUAACUGGGCCCCAUCAGAAAGGUUAUGGA